UUGUGGGCGGGGAGGAGAAAGCGGCGGAGGGGGGCGGGGCCGGCCCCAGAAGAUGGCGGAGGCGGGGAUGGAGACGACGUGGUGACGUGGAGAGACCUCUGCGCACGGAGUCACAGUGCUUGGGCUGGUCAGGGUGCUGCCUGGAUUAUCUUGAAGAUUAGUGCUACUAUAUGUCUGGCAUGGAGUAGGCUGUCCCUAGAUGGGUGCUAUAUCAAUAGUCAUGAUGAUGAUGAAGAAGAAUUCUGUAGCUACUGAAGACUUUGCUAAAAGGGACCGGAACACAUGAAAUGCUGACGUGCUGGAUACGACAGCAAGGAGUAGUCUGCAAGACCAGGGUUUCUGGUAGGUCCUGUUUUAGGACGAGAUGCAGUACUGUUGAAACGCUAGUCUGCUUUGAUCCACAGACAGUUGGCUUUUCAGCUGGGAAGCCUUUUUUUGGCAGCUUACUGAACUUAUGAAACAAUGGCAGAAGGAGAGACAGAGUCACCUGGGCCCAAGAAGUGUGGCCCCUAUAUUUCAUCUGUCACUAGCCGGAGUGUGAACUUGAUGAUUCGAGGAGUAGUGCUGUUUUUUAUCGGAGUGUUUCUUGCAUUAGUGUUAAAUUUACUUCAGAUUCAGAGAAAUGUGACGCUCUUUCCACCUGACGUGAUUGCAAGCAUCUUUUCUUCAGCAUGGUGGGUACCACCGUGCUGUGGCACAGCUUCAGCUGUGAUUGGGUUAUUAUACCCCUGCAUUGACAGGCAUCUAGGAGAACCACAUAAAUUUAAAAGAGAGUGGUCCAGUGUAAUGCGGUGUGUAGCCGUCUUUGUUGGUAUAAAUCAUGCCAGCGCUAAAGUGGAUUUUGAUAACAACAUACAGCUGUCUCUCACCCUGGCCGCACUCUCCAUUGGCCUGUGGUGGACUUUUGAUAGAUCUAGAAGUGGUUUUGGCCUUGGAGUAGGAAUUGCUUUCUUGGCAACCUUGGUCACUCAACUGCUGGUCUAUAAUGGUGUUUAUCAAUAUACAUCUCCAGAUUUUCUCUAUGUUCGUUCUUGGUUACCAUGUAUAUUUUUUGCUGGAGGCAUAACAAUGGGAAACAUUGGUCGGCAACUGGCAAUGUAUGAAUGUAAAGUUAUUGCAGAAAAAUCUCAUCAGGAAUGAAGAAGGCAAAAAUAUAUCUUUUGUACAGAAAAACAAGAUGAAAAAGGCAUGUAAAUGAUUUAUACCAACAAAACUUCGGACUGUAAAAUUGCCAGGAUGCAGUUUUCCCUUGAUUGGUAUGUGUGUGAAUAUGUAUGUACAUGUACAUAUACACACACAUGUGCAUAUAUUACUGCAAUCUGUGAUUGCUUCAUCUGUAAAUCAGUUACAAACCUUUGUGUAUUUGACUUAAAUAAUUGUAAAAUAUAUAUGCAUUACAUUAAAAAACAUGUUGAUUAAUAGAGGAAAUUUUUAAAUUAAUUUUUUAAACAUACCAUAUAUUGUAUCACAAUGUUGAUGUGCCAAAAUAUUCUGUUGUUGUCAUGCAAAGUAUAAGAAUGCUUUGAACAAUUUAUAAACUUAGUGGAAUAAAAUAAGAGGAAAGCCAAAAAAAAGCAACUGAAAAGCUGGUAUAUUCUCUCUCACUUACUGUUGUGCCUUUUUACUUUUCUAAUCACAGCAGUGUGAGUUAUGUGUGCCCUAAUGUGUGGUUAGUUUCUAUAUAACCAGAAUAAAUAUGUUUUAGAAAUACAAAAUGAUCUUCUGUAGUGCCACAAAGUGUUUAGUGAUAUUAACUGUCUUUUGCAAUACAGUAUUCCACUACUUUUGCACAUGGAACACAUAAGAAACCCCAAACAGAUCAAAAUGAAGUUUCUAAUUCUCUUAGGUUCUGUCAUCUCUUGGGUUCUAUAAAGCAAACCACUUUGGCUGGGCUGGGUCAUAUGACUGGUUGUCAAUGGAAUGCCAUCCAGGGAUGGAUGGGCACAUAAUUUCGUAUGAAUUUGUAUGCCCAUUAGUGAAUAGUUCAAGCCUGUUUAAGACUGUAUUGAGAUGGCAUAUUGUACAUUUUAAAGAUCUUGAUAACAGUUUUCUAACAAGUAGAGCCUUUUAAGUAUGGUUUAAACAUAUCCUUAGUUAACUUUUUUCCCAAUUUUUAUUUUUUGAGAUUGAUAGCAAUUGUCUGAUACACAAGGGUGAAAUCUUCUGCUUACUCUGGGUGUGUGUGCGUGCGCUAUGCUGGACUGAGAGAGAGAGAGAAUGUAUAUGUAUAUAUGUAUGUGCAUGUGUCAGUGCUUUCUUAAUAUGUCAAAUAGAUAUUUUUAAAUUUUCGGUUUUAAAACCAUUGCUGUCAGGCUGGGAUCUCAUAUGCCAAACUUUAAUCUGUUUUUACGUUUUAAGGCUGAAAGUGUGGAAAUUCUGAGAGGAUUUCAUAUUGAAUAUGUGUAUACAAUCUUAACUAUAGUGGUGGUAAACAUACUACUAUAAUUUAUUAUUCUACCUUCCAGAUAAUGUUAUUCAUAUAGAACAAAUAAGGUAUAUUUUUAGAAUCAACUUUGUAAGCACUAUAAAUCUUUAAGUUAUAAGAUCUAUGAUGUGUUUACUUUGAAAAUUGCUGUUAAAAGCAAGAUGUAUUAAAUAUAUAAUUAUCAUCUUGGUUAAGAGUCUUUUUUUCUUCCUCAUGGUAAAUCUUAUAAUGCUGAGAAUUAAUUUAAUAAAAUUAACGUAUAUGGUUGGAUUUACUACAAAAUAAUAAAAGGGAACUAAGUUUACUAUUUCAGGAAUUGAAUGAUUCUAAUUUUGGAGUUGUUAAAUUAUUUUCAGAUCAUCUAGAAAACAAGAAAACAUAUUUAUGACAAAAAUAUAAUUGUUUUGCUAUGUUGAAAGUAUGUAAAUAUAUUACAUCUAUUUUUUUGCAGUGGGAGAAAGUGGUGAACAUCUUUUAACAUUGCUAUAUUGGCAGUGCUUCCUUCCUUUUAUUAUUUAAAAUUAUAGAAAUUGAACAGUUGAAAACUGAGACUAAAUUCUACAAAAGCACAAGAAAAUAAUUAAAAUUAACUAGCCAGAACCCUGCUAAUACUUUUGUUAUAAAAUUUGUUUGCACUGAACUAUUUUUCAUUAAGGUCAUUGGAACCUCUCAGUCAUGCGGACAUUCACACAUCUUGUAUUUUCUAGGUGCAACCAGACUUGGUCAGUAUCAUUAAAUACCUCUUUAAUCUUCUUUCCUCACUUACCUGCAUAAUGAAGUAUAGUCUUUUUAAAGUAAUUCUUCUAGUGAUGGUCUGUGAAUAGUAGAGUCUUAGUUUUGUGUGUCUGAAAAAGUCUGUUUCAUUCUUGAAGAACAGUUUAGCAGGACAUAGAAUUCUAGGUUCACAGUGUCCCCCCGACUCCUAUCACUUUGAAGAUUUUUAACUCAUUGUCUUAUGUCAUCUAAUGUUGCAGACGACAAGUCUGCUAUUAGUGUUAUUUUCUUUCCUUUGUAGACAGUCUGCCUUUUCUCUCCAGGAGCUUUUACAUGAUUUUCUCUCUAUCUUCACGGUUAUUCAGUUCACUUUGACUUGUUUAGUUUUAGCUUUGUUAUUACUUUUUUCCUUUGCUUGGUAUUCAAUAUGCACUUUCAAGCUGUGGGCUCAUUUCUUCAAUUCUGGAAAAAAACUUAAAUCUGGCUGCAUAUUGGAAUCAUGUGAGGACUUGUAAAAAUAUGCUGGUGUCUAGAUCUCACCCCCAGAGGUUUUAAUCUAAGUGGUCUUGGGUGUGCCCUGAGUGUUAGGAUUUUCCUAAGUACCCCAGGUGAUUCUCAUGUGCCCCCUGGAUUGCUGCUCCUGGAUACAGGUAGAUACAUGUAAGAUAAGGGGAGGGUUUAGGUGAGAGAGAUAUGGGGACUUUGGAAAUGAAGUGUGAGGGGCUUGCUGAGAUAUGUUUUAGAUGAAAUCAUCUGAACUUGGUGACUUGAGUGUGAAGGUUAAGGAGGUGUCAAAGGUCACUUAAUUUUUCUUUUUUGGAGAGCUAGGUGGGUGGUAUUUCUAUAAACCAAAAGAAGAAUGCAAAGAAGUAGGUGAAGGCGUAAAAGUUAAGGAGUUUGGUUUGAUAUGUUGAAGUUGAGGUAUGUAGGGGACAUCUGGUAAAGAUGAGUCAUAAGCAGUUGGAUAUUUGAUUCUGUGAUAUUAGAUGUAAAUGAGGAAGUCAUCAACAUAUGGCAGUAAUAAAUGAAACUGUGGGAGUAGAUGAGAUCACCGAGGGAGCUUGUUAUGGUGAAAAGAAGAGAUCUGAGGCGCACUGGCAUGUUGUCAGAGAAGCUAGUGAAGAAAGUGAAGAGGGUGUGGUUAGAAGUGGGAGGAAAAACAGAAGAGUGAUGUAGAUGGAGCCAAAGCGGAGGGGGCCUCAGGCAGAGGGUAAUUGGUAGCAUGAAGUGCAGUUGGGGGGAAUAAUUAACCUUAGAGAUAAAGGAGAUGAUAUCUGAUUGUUUUUUGUUGAAAAAUUUUUUUUCUAACCUAUUUCAUCUCAAUAUUUAAAAUAUUUCGUCAUAUACUAAUAGCUUAAAAUAUAUUUGAGCAGAGCCGAAUGCAUUAAGUUGUUUAUUGUGGGUGAGGAGAACUAGGGGAAGCUAGAGAACUUUGAAGGAGUGGUGAUUUGGACAGCGUCUAUGAGGAACACAGGCCCUGACUGGAGAUGAAGAAAGAAUUUCCAGACUGUUUUGAGGCCAUCGAGGACCUACGUGAGACUAGAGAUCAGAUGCUUGCAGUGGAGCCCGUCAACAUGGUUGUGCUGUGUCUGAGUGGGCUCAGUAGCCCAGCAGUUUAGGCCAGUUGUAAUGAGUGAGUUGAGUCCAGUUGAGAAUUCACUGGUAGACUUGGCACAAGGCUAUGUGAAAAUUAAUGGAGGCUCCUAAUGAAAGAUGGAGAGAUUUGCCAUGGGAUUCAGGCAAAUUGGGGAAGGAAGUUGAAUCAGUAGUGUUGACCUGACAGCGUGGAAAAAUAGGGUGAAGUAAGAAGACCGCAAGUCUUAAGGAGGUUAAAACCCCUGUUUAAUGGCAAGAGUCAUUGGCUUGGGGUUUGUAGUUAGAGAAGAAUUUAGUGGACAUUUCCAUAUCUUGAGCUCCAGGGUGUGAUCUAAACAACUGAGUCUGCAAAGUUCACCCCUGUGGGUGGAGAUGAAUAACAGUGGAGUGGAGAUCCAAGGCCUGGGUGAGCAGCUGUUAACAUCAGUGUUGAUGUUACCUGGAAUGAUCUCAGAGGUCAGGUGGAAAGGAAGGGUCUUAUCUCUGGUCCUCAUGACCAUUUGAGUGGAAUACUUAUCCAGCUGCCUUGAUUAGAUAGGGAUUUUAAUUAGAGUCCUGUCGCCCUUCCUAUAUUUAUUUAUUUUUAGUUUUUUUCGUCAUCCUAGGUGUUCUGAAAUUUCACCACACCAUGUUUGAGUGGGUCUUUUUCUAUUAAUCCUGUUCAAUCAGAGAUAUCUCUUUAAUUCUGGGCAAUUUAUUUCUGUCUUUGCUGUUACUAUUCCUUUAUUCACCCCCUCUAUUCUUCUAAAAUUCCUCUAUUCAAGAGAUCUUUCACCUGUUGUUUCUGUGUAUCCUUUAGCUUUUCUCUGUUGUGCUAUGUUCUAGAAGAAUUACUUAACUGGAUCUUCUGGCUCAGUGAAUUGCUCUCAGCUGUAUCUAUUGGGUGUUCAGCCUAUCACUUGAUGUCAGUGAUCACAAUUCUAAUUUCCAAGAUAUUUAUUUAUUUUUUUGUGUGGAAGUAUGUUGUCAUUUUUGUAUUUUCUGAGAUAUUAAUUACUCUUCUAAAGUUCUAAACUUUUCUGAAGAGCCAUUGCAGAGAAGGGCAGGAUGAGCCUACCAGCCCAUCUCUAGAUGUGAGUACUCCCCGCUGUUUGCCUUGGGUGUGCCGUCAUGCCUCUCUGAACUUAGUCCUCACUCUUACCACUUGAGACUGGGGGCGGAUACUGUGUUGUCUCUGCCCAGUUCAAGGUGGACGAGUAGAUGUAUGGAGGAAAUGGCCAGAUAGCUGCUUUCGCAAGAGCCUACUCGAACUCAUCCGUUCAGCUGCCCUCGAUAUUUCCAUCUCCGAGCAUCAGCCUCCCCUGAGCUUAGAAUGUCCCCGGCUUCAUCUUCAGCAAGUCCUCUCCUUGAGUAUUUUGAGCUGUGGUUUCUCUCCGUCUGCCUACUCUCAACUCUUCUCUCGCUUUCAGGGAUUCUUUCUAGUGUCUGGUCCUUGACGAUACUUCUCCUUAUCUGUCACUAUAGUUGUAGAUUCCUUUUCUUUUUAAAAAUCUUUUUUUUGGCUAUUAUUUCUGUGGAUUUGGGAUAGGAGGGAGAAUCUACAGCUUGACUAGUCUGCCAUCCUAAUUCAACCUUUCCCCACCAGUUGUUCAUACAUUUGCCUGAUCAUUUGUCUUUACAUUUCAGAAACUCAGUUUAGUUGGGAGCUGAGAUAAAUAGGUUAAGUUGGUGGUUUCUUACUGGGUCUCAGUAAAAAUUGGGGUCUGGAGAUUUUUUUUCCCUCUCAAAAUACGUGUAGUUCAUUGAGUUCAUCGUGUCAGGAAGUGUAAGUAUACUAGUAUCUGUUCCUUUAUGCCUCCCUUCUUUUUAUCACUGAUGAAAUCUGUGAAACCUGUCAUCUUUCUUUGUGAUUUACAAGACAGACUUUUCCAGGGUAUGUCAACUCGUCUGAAGACAAUGUUGUUAAGUAUCAGAUUUGGCAGAUCAGAUAGAUAAUGAUGUGCCUGGGAAAGGCUGGGCUAUUGAUGAGCCUCGUGUCAAAACUGAUUGCCAUAUAUGGGCAAUUUUUCCCUUUCACCGUUGCCCUGGUUGUCGUCUCUGUGAGGAUUUUGAUGAACAAGGGGCAGUUUUGAUUCCAAAUCAAAAUUGUGUGCUGAUGCAACUGUGUACAUCUAUUCUGCUUUUUCAUGUCAGGAUUUGUAACUGCUGAUCGUUCUGUGGCUUCCCAGAGGUGGGCUUUAAAAGUAAUGAGCACUUAGGAAGUGUAUUGCUGUUUAAAAAUAAUCCUUUUUUGUUACUGUUCUGAAAACAAUAAAUUCAAUCAGUAUCACUGUGUUUCCAUGAGA